AUGCUACUGCGAAACAUAGACCAGACUUUAGGUUUAUGCAACGGGACAAGAUUAAUAGUUAACGAACUUGGCUGCAACGAAAUUGGAGUGACGGUAGUGACCGGUAGAAAUAUUGGAGAUAAAGUGUACAUUCCAAGAAUGAACUUGAUCCCUUCAAAUUCAGGGUUGCCAUUUAAGUUUCAACGGAGACAAUUUCCAUUAACAGUAUGCUUUGCAAUGACCAUUAACAAGAGUCAAGGUCAAUCAUUAUCACAUGUAGGACUUUACUUGCCAAAAUCAGUGUUCACCCAUGGACAACUUUAUGUUGCUUUGUCAAGAGUUAAGAGUCGCAGUGGCGUCAGGGUUUUAAUUCUAGACGAAGACGGCAAUCUAAAGUCAUCAACAACAAAUAUCGUGUUCAAAAAAGUUUUUAAUAAUAUUUAG